GCGUUUCCCUGGCUCUGAGCCCAGAGUGAGCCUGACUCACCGGGUUCACGUGACCCUUGGGGUUGGUUGCACGUCAUCCAGGACGGGACAUCCUGUGGAGGCCUCAGCAGCCUCACUACACACAGGACUUUUGACACAGCUCUGCCUUCUCAGGCAGUUACUUUCCAAAGUAAGCAGAGGCAUAGGAGGUGCGAAAGGGGAGAGACUGCCCUCCCCUUGUCCCUGUUUGCUGCCACCCGGGGCUGCUGUCACUGUGAUCAGAGCCCUUUGGUUUUCAGACUCUGUUUCUGGGAAGCACAGUGGUGACUGUACCGCUGGGCACCUAGUGUCCCCGCCCUCCACCAAGAUGUCAGCGGAAGCCAUAGAGAACGGAGAAGGACUUGCGGCGGCAGAUGCGCUCCUGCAGGAGUCUCAGUCGGAUGAGGAGGAAGAAACUUCCCAGCCAUCCUCUGCUGGUUCGACUCCAGGGGAUCCUCUGCAGGGGUCCCCGUCGGGGCCCGAUGGACCUGGCUCGGACUCCACUGACCCGCCCACACACGGAAGAGAGGAGUUCUUCCACUAUGCAAAAAUGGCUGGUCUGGCUGUGACCGGAGGAGCGGUGGCCGUGGGCGCGGUGCCCGUGGUGCUGGGCGCCAUGGGCUUCACCGGGGCGGGCAUCGCAGCUUCCUCCCUAGCGGCCAAGAUGAUGUCAGCGGCCGCCGUCGCCAACGGGGGCGGGGUUGCCGCCGGUAGCCUGGUGGCUACUCUGCAGUCUGUGGGGGCAGCUGGACUCUCCCUGUCAUCCAACACCGUUCUGGGCCUUGCCGGGUCCUUUAUCGGGGCCUGGAUGGGGCGUUCAAAAAAGGCAGACCCUUCCUCUCCGCCAGGUGGACCCAGUGGAGGCGACUCUCAGGAUGGCAGCCCCCCCCGCUAACAAGCCCCCUGCCUCCCAAAACUGCUCCGAGAAGGAGGAGAAAUAAAGACGAGAUGCCAUGACCUUCCCCA